CCCCUCCUCCGAAGAGAAAGAUAGAGAGAAAGAGAUCGAGAGAGAGAGAGAGAGAGAGUGUGUGUGUGUGUGUGAGGGAAAGAGAACGACCAUUGUCUUCGUUGGUCGACCUCCUCUCACCACCACAACUCUCUCUCUCUCUCUAUUUGUGUGUGUGUGUGCGUGUGUGUGUUUCAGCCCUUUUCCCCUUUUUAUCUCCCAAAUCGCCUAAACAACACGUACAGUGGGGGGGGCUUCAAGAGAAAUUUAUAAUUUUGCAUGCAUGAAAUUAGUUAACCUCGAGCGUGCGUACGUUCGAUAUAUAGCCUUCGUCGAUUACUGUGGAAAUUAACUUGUAGGAGUCGGGGCGCGAUCGAGAGGAUAGGAAGAAGAUGAACGACCUGUUCUCGACGAGUUCGUUCAAGAAGUACACGGACCUGAAGCAGCAGGUCGUGCUGGACGCGAUGGAGGCGGGCACGGCGGGCGAGUCGGGCCGCGAGACCGUGAACCUGGACAAGUUCUUCGAGGAGGUCGAGAACGUCAAGGACGACCUCCGGGGGCUCGAGAAGCUGUACCGCCGGCUGCAGGAGGCCAACGAGGAGAGCAAGACGGCGCACACGGCCACGACGGUGAAGUCGCUGCGCGCCCGCAUGGACGCCGACAUCGAGCAGGUGCUCCGCCGCGCCAAAGCCGUCAAGGCCAAGCUCGAGGCGCUCGACAAGUCCAACGCCGCCCACCGCAAGCUCCCCGGCUGCGGCCCCGGCUCCUCCGCCGACCGCACCCGCACGUCCGUCGUCUGCGGCCUCGGAAAGAAGCUCAAGGACCUCAUGGACGACUUUCAAGGCCUGCGCACGCGCAUCGCCUCCGAGUAUAAGGAGACCGUCGGCCGGCGCUACUUCACCGUCACCGGGGAGAAACCCGAUGAGCGGACCAUCGAGACGCUGAUAUCGUCCGGGGAGAGCGAGACCUUCCUGCAGAAGGCCAUACAGGAGCAAGGGAGAGGACAGGUGAUGGACACGAUAACGGAGAUCCAGGAGCGGCACGACGCGGUGAAGGAGAUCGAGAAGAGCCUGCUGGACUUGCACCAGGUGUUCCUGGACAUGGCGGCGCUGGUGGAGGCGCAGGGGCACCAGCUCAACGACAUCGAGAGCCACGUCGCGCACGCAAACUCGUUCGUCCGGAGGGGCGCCGUCGAGCUCGAAACCGCGCGCGAGCACCAGAAGAGCUCCCGCAAGUGGGCCUGCAUCGGCUUCGUCGCUGCUCUCAUCCUCGUUAUCAUUCUCCUCCUCCCCAUCCUCACCACCUUGUUGAGGUAGAUGCAUAUAUAUAUAUAUAUAUAUAUAUAUAUAAACAUGCAUAUAUAGUGUAAUGAGGGGAUCUUUUGGGGGGGAAUUUUUUUCCUUUUUUCUUGAUUUUUUUUUCUUUCAUAUUUUUGGGUGUUGGCUGUUCGUAUUAUUGAGGAAGAAUAUAAUUUAAUUAUUUGUGGGUGGACCUUGAUUGGUCUUUUUCGAUAA